UGACUGUAACGAGGCUCAGAGACUCCGCUCUCUCCUGUACUCUAUUUUUUUCGGUCCUACUCCGGUUGCUACCCUCCCCCUUGUGCCGCCAUUAAAGCCCUGUCAGCCUGGUAUUUGGAAGUCGGGGGAAAAAAGGAUUAAAAUGAUUUAAAGCAGCGAAGCCAUCGGGCCGAGGGGAGGGGACUGGGGAGGGGGGGGAUCUUCUUAUUCGGCGCUAUGUACGGACUUUCCCCCGUUCGUUAAGACCCAGGAGGAGACCCGAAAGAAGUGGAAAUGUCGUCCCAGUGAGCGGUUCUCGGAUUACGAGGGGAGUCCAUUUGUUUUGGCCGCGGCGGGGCGGGGAGGGGGGACUGGAGAGUGUAAACACAGCAGCCAAGUCCACUGCUUGCUGAGGGAUUUCCUUGAGAGUGGAUCUGCUGUGCUGAUAGUCCUUCCGAACGGCAGGAAACCUUCUUCGUUGGUGUUGCGACGAUGACCGAGCUGGUUGCCAAGUGGGCCUGUGAAUACUGCACAUACGAGAACUGGCCGUCAGCCAUCAAAUGCACCAUGUGCCGCGCUCAGAAACCCAGCGGGGGUGCCAUCAUUACCGAGGAGCCCUUUAAGAUCAGCCCUGCCCUAGAUGCCAGUCUGCAUCAGUGGGACCCUGCAGACCAUAGCAACAGUCCAACUCAGGGGGGAUCCAGCUUACUUAUUUGCCCAGACUCCAGCGCCCGACCUCGUGUUCGUAUUGCUGAUGCACCAGAGACGAGUAGUAAAUGGUCAUGUCACAUGUGCACCUACCUGAACUGGCCCCGUGCUAUCCGUUGCACACAAUGCUUGUGCCAGAGGCAACACGCUCAACAACAGCAGUACCUGCAGCGUGCAACCCAUCAAGGACAUCAUACACAGCAGCCACACAGUCCCACGGAAUCACCACAAACUUCAGGGUAUGGAUGUCGCCCUGGUCCCACAGCCCCCACUACAGACCCGUGUGAGGAAUAUAACGACCGCAACAGGCUCAACACUCAUACGCAACACUGGACCUGCACUGCCUGCACUUGUGAGAACUGGGCCAAGGCACUCAAAUGUGUCGCGUGUGAUCAUCCCAGAGCCAAUAGUCUCCUAGCUGAUCCCAUCGAACUGGCAUCAAAGCCUGCGAUCCAACAACCAUCCUCAACACUUAAUGAACAGGACAGGGAUAACAGGAGGGGUGUUGUUGGACAUGUGAUUGGGCAGGGAGUGGGGGGCCUGGUUGGUGUUGUGGGGGGUUGUAGCGGCAGCAGCCAGAGAAGGUCACCCCCAACCCCUAAACGGGAGUCUGAGGUGAAUAUGGACUUUCAGAGGAUUGAAUUUGCAUCAGGGUCUGGAAUUGGGAGUAAAGAAGAGCUCGAGGUGGAUUUCAAAAAACUGAAACAGAUUAAGAACAGAAUGAGAAGGACAGAUUGGCUGUUUCUCAAUGCGUGCGUUGGUGUUGUAGAAGGGGACCUGGCAGCUGUGGAAGCUUAUAAGUCAUCCGGAGGUGACAUAGCAAGACAGCUGACAUCAGAUGAGGUCCGGCUAUUAAAUAGGCCCUCAGCAUUUGAUGACGGCUUUACGUUGGUUCACUUAGCCAUUCGCUUCCAGAGACAGGAAAUGCUGGCGGUGUUGCUCACAGAGGUGUCCCAGCAGGCAGCCAAGUGUAUUCCAGCCAUGGUGUGUCCUGAGCUGACAGAGCAGAUCCGUCGUGAGGUAGCAGCCUCCCUUCACCAGCGUAAAGGAGAUUUCACCUGCUACUUCCUCACCGACCUGGUCACAUUUACCCUGCCUGCAGACAUUGAGGAUUUGCCCCCAGCAGUUCAGGAAAAAUUGUUUGAUGAGGUGCUGGACCGAGACGUACAAAAAGAACUUGAAGAGGAGUCUCCCAUCAUCAACUGGUCCCUGGAGCUCGGGACCAGAUUUGACAGUCGCCUGUACGCUCUGUGGAAUCGCACGGCCGGGGACUGCCUGCUGGACUCGGUGCUGCAGGCCACGUGGGGCAUCUACGAUAAGGACUCGGUGCUCCGUAAAACCCUCCACGACAGUUUGCACGACUGCUCCCAUUGGUUUUACACACGCUGGAAGGAGUGGGAGUCGUGGUAUUCCCAGAGCUUCGGCCUGCACUUCUCCCUCCGAGAGGAGCAGUGGCAGGAAGACUGGGCUUUCAUCCUCUCCCUCGCCAGCCAGCCAGGAUCCAGCUUGGAGCAGACCCACAUUUUUGUUCUUGCACACAUACUCCGUAGACCUAUUAUCGUCUAUGGAGUGAAGUAUUACAAAAGUUUCCGUGGCGAAACACUCGGGUACACCCGUUUUCAAGGUGUGUACUUGCCGCUCUUGUGGGAGCAGAGUUUCUGCUGGAAGAGCCCCAUCGCUCUGGGCUACACUCGCGGCCACUUCUCAGCAUUGGUGGCCAUGGAGAACGACGGCUUCGACAAUCGUGGCGCGGGCGCCAACCUCAACACGGACGACGACGUCACGGUCACAUUUCUGCCACUCGUGGACAGCGACAGGAAGCUGCUUCAUAUUCACUUCCUCACAGCGCAAGAGAUGGGGAAUGAGGAGCAACAGGAGAAACUCCUGCGGGAGUGGCUGGACUGCUGCGUGACGGAAGGCGGCGUCCUGGUGGCCCUUCAGAAAAGCUCCCGCCGUCGCAACCACCCACUCGUCACGCAGAUGGUGGAGAAGUGGCUGGACGGCUACCGGCAGAUCCGGCCCUGCGCCUCUCUGUCUGACGGCGAGGAGGAGGAAGACGACGACGACGAGUGAAUUGAAAAAGAACUGAAAAAGAUGAAGGCAGUCUGCUGGGGGCAGGACUCCUCCCUCAUCGCUCUUUCUUACAGCUUUUCUUUGUUCUGUUGUUUUGUUUGUUUUCCUCCUUCUGACAACGGACAAACUGUGACGGCCUUCAGCAGGGGACAGGGUACCCACAAGACCCCCGCCCACACCUCCAGAGUGACACGGCUACACUCGUGGCUCAUGCCGCCGCCCGGGAGUACGCUUAAAAAGACUUUGGCUCAGAACAAGCUGAGACUGGAAGGUUUGGAGAGAAUAAAGGUUUACAAAUGCAAACGACCCUUUGGAUUGUUUUGAGUUUCAACUGUUGAGCUAAAAAGAAGAAUCUUUAUCCAUCAGUGUAAAUGCAUGUGGUUUUUAAAACAAACGAAGGAACUAUACCAGCAUUGACUCAAACCAACACUUUAUAUCUGUUCAGUGGGGGCACUGACAAAAGCACACUUCCAAAUUGAACUUUUCUGGGGGGGUUUCCAGCUUGUUUAGAGUUGGCUUGUUGAACGUUUUUGUUUGGGAAAUGGGACAAAGCUAAUAAAUGCCACCAGAAAAGAUGAGAUUAUGUAAUAAUAAACAAUUGUAAUCCUUAUUACUAAGCACUGCACAUCUAUUUAAAGAUUUCUAUAUGAGAACAUUAUCAUUGCUUGAAUUCAGAUCAUAUAUGAAGCUCUUUAAAAGGGAGAUUUGCCCUUCACAAGUCAGAUCUACACUCACUAAUGUUUAGCACACUAACAUUCAUGUUGGAUAUUUGGUUUACGUUUUUCAGAAUGAACUCAGUUGUUGGUUUUUUUUUCCUCUUUGAAUUUAUUCUUCAUAUUUAUUGUUUGGAAAUUUAUCUGAGCUAUUAAGCGCUUUCUCUAUGUUUUGUUUUUUUCCUUUUUGUGGUUUUGUUAAUUAUUUUCUCAAUCUUGAUGAAGACACUUUGCACAGAAACACUGUUGCUUAAAGGAAAGAACCAACCAUGACCAUCGGUGGGAAGUUUACUUGCUUGUUGCAUGGGAUUUAGUACCUCAUCUGGAUGCCUAAAAUCUGGUGCUUUUGUUUUUUAUUGUGUUUUUUCUGGGCAGUCGAGUGUGGCGGCCAGACAUGUUCAAUGUCGGCGUAAAACCCAAAGUCACUCUUGCCUAAUCUGCGUCUCCCGCCGCCCAUUUGUUGUCGAGCUCACCCUCACGGUGCACGUCAGGCCACCUCUGUAAAUCCUGUUUGUCGUCAACCCAUGUUCUUGAUUAAACUUAUCGUGAGAGAUUUCCACAUAUAAAACCAAAGCUGACAAAAAAGAAGAAAAAUGUGUCUACCCUUUUCUUUUGCUGUGAACGUUUGCAUUUUCUUUUCUCUCCGUUCCUUUGCCAUUAUGUACUAUAACCUAUUUCGUGUGUCCUUCAUGUCAGACGUGCUCUAAGCAUCCCCUACAUGUUGCUUUGUAUUUAUGCAAUAGUUGCAGUUGUGACUAUGAUGGUUUGUGGAUUUAGGCCUGACUUCACUAAACACAGUGUGAUGCAAAGAUCAGGCAAAAUAUGAAGAAAAAAAAAAAAAUAAAGAACCUUUUUGAAUG